GCAUUAAACCUAUCCUCGUUGGUUUUUGAAAUUCUGUAAUUCUAUGUAACAUUUAUAGUUGUUUCUUUUUGUGUUAGGAUUCUGCUAGAUACUCAAUUAAUUUACAUAAUGAAGCAUUAGUGAAGGUUUCAUGAAAUGCGGUUUGCAAGGUGUGUUAAACUAUUGAUUGCUGUAGUUGCAAGUUUGUUUAUUCUAUGGCUAGCGAACAAGCCAAGAGCAAAGCACGAUGAUUUAGGAUGGGACUUGAAAAAUGACGAUGUCGCUAUACCCAUUAAGUUUGGUAAGAAUCAAAGAGAGUAUAUUGAUUCGAGAGGAAUUCAUGUAGUGGUUGGGCGCUAUGUUGGAGAUUCAUUGCCUGGCCCAUCUCAUCCAAAUUUAACUGAAGAAAUUCUCAAUCAAAACAACUUUAAUCCUCAUCCAUCACAAGGAGAAUGGGGAGAACCUGUUGCAAUUCUACCUCAUGAGCAGUCUCAGUCUCAGAGCUUGUAUAGGAUUCACAGAUUCAACCUUCUUGCAAGUGAUCGCAUCCCUUUGAACAGAACACUACCUGAUAUUAGAAAACCACAGUGCAAAGUUCUCACGUACAAUGUCAAUGAACUUCCUACUACUUCAGUUAUCAUUGUUUUUCAUAAUGAGGCAUGGAGCACUUUGCUGAGAACAGUUCACUCUGUUAUAAAUCGAUCACCAGCCAAAGUGUUAUGGGAAAUUAUUCUUGUAGAUGAUGCGAGCAACAGAACUUUCCUAGGGAAGCCACUGGAGGAUCAUGUUAGCAAAUUAGCCGUAACAGUUAUGGUUUUACGAUCAGACAAGAGAAUUGGUCUGGUACGAGCCAGACUCAUGGGAGCUCGAAAGGCCACUGGUGAUGUGCUAACAUUUCUGGAUGCCCACUGCGAAACUACUGUUGGUUGGCUUGAGCCACUUCUGUAUCGUAUAAAAAUGAACCCAAACUCAGCCGUAUGUCCAAUAAUUGACAUUAUUAGUGACGACAGCUUUGCCCUCCUACGAAGUUUCGAACUUCAUCACGGAGGUAUGUCGUGGAAUCUGCACUUCCGAUGGUUUGGUGCAUCAGAAACCUUAAUGUCGGAAAGACGUGGGAACAUGACCAUUCCUUUCAGGACUCCAGUGAUGGCAGGCGGAUUAUUUGCAAUUGGCAGAGAUUAUUUUGAAAAGGUUGGAACAUACGACGACCAGAUGGAUAUUUGGGGUGGCGAAAACAUUGAAAUGUCUUUACGAAUUUGGCAGUGUGGUGGGCGAGUAGAAACGUCCCCAUGUAGCCAUGUCGCUCACGUAUUCCGGAAAUCAAGUCCUUACACCUUUCCAGGUGGGGUGAAUCAAAUCCUCUAUUCAAAUCUUGCUCGAGCUGCACUAGUAUGGAUGGACGAAUGGAAAGAAUUCUUUUUCAAAAUGAACCCUGAAGCCAACCGUCUUCGUGAUGCCCAGUCCAUCCGGUCACGCCUUGCAUUGCGAGAUAGGCUCAAAUGCAAUGAUUUUAAUUGGUACUUGAAGAACGUUUGGCCUGAGAACUUUUUCCCUGCAUCAGACAGGUUUUUCGGAAAGAUCAUUCAUAAAGCAACUGGCAAAUGUUUAGAGCGACCUCUUGGCGGUGGAGGUGUAUCCCAACCGGUUGGACGCCUUAAGCUCGUUCCAUGCCUUACGCAGUGGUUUGAAGCACAUUUGUGGGUUGCCACAUGGAACAGUACCAAGAAAGAUGGUCGUACGCAUGUCGGUUAUAUUAUGUCCGACGAAUCGCUUUGUGUCGAUGAUUUAGACGGUGAAGCUCGUGCAAUGGCUUGCUCUGGGUUUAGCAAACAAUUGUGGCACCAUAAUUUAAGAACGAACGCCAUUGUUCAUGGCAAUUCCGGCCGAUGUUUGUCCAUUUCGCGUCCGCCAGAAACUCCAGGAGAGGUUUCCGUACAUAAUUGCGAUGGUUCGUCGGAGCAGCAGUGGACUCUACAAUCGGAAUCUUGGAGUUGAUGUGGUAAAACCCGCGUAUUCUCAACCAAUUCGUGUGAUUCUCCCCAUUCCAUUCCACAUCCAGCCUUCUAUCGCCUAGAUUAACAAAUGUGAAUUACGUGUUAAUUUACCUCCGGUAAAGCAGAAGGUGACAACAAUUAUUGUGUUAUUUUAAGUUAAUAUCAGCUAUCACAAUUGUGCCUUCGUAUGCAAAGCUUUCAUU